CGCACCCUGCAUCGCGGCGGCGUCGAUUCAUCGCAUCGUAUGAAUCGACGACCACGAGCCAGAAGAAGACGAAGAGGACGCUAACGUUAGCGCCAGUAAAUAUCGGAAAGGAGAUACGAUGACGUAAUCAGAAAGCGCCGUAGACGUUAGCAAACCAGUUAGCUCCGUUAGCCCGCAAUUUGAAAGGAGCUUACUGACAGCUUCAUAGCUCGUGUGGGCGAAUGUUUUAUCCUGUUAAAUGACCCAACAGCACCUCUGGUUCCUAGCAGCUGUUUGGGUUAGUCCUGGCUCGCCUUCAUUAUGACAGAGGAAGAUGAUUUACCAGCCAACUUUUUGACAGAGAAGAUGCAGCACAGCAGUGGAGAGCUGGUCCCUCCCGACGGCCUGUGUUGGUUGUCAGUGCUGUUCUGUCUGAUGCUGGCUUGUUUUUAUGUUGGCAGCUUAUAUGUGUGGAGGAGUCACCUGCCCAGGGACCAUCCUGCUGUCAUAAAGAGACGCUUCACCAGCGUCCUGAUUGUGUCAGGUCUGUCGCCCCUGUUUGUGUGGGCAUGGAGAGAAUCUGCAGGUGUCACGAAUGGCCCGUCUCUGCUGGUUCUCAUGGGAAUCCGGUUUGAAGGCCUCAUUCCUGCCAUUAUACUUCCUCUGCUCCUCACCAUGGUCCUGUUUCUGGGCCCGCUCAUGCAGUUGGCCAUGGAUUGUCCGUGGAGCUUCACCGAUGGGAUCCGGGUGGCCUUUGACCCGUGGUUCUGGAUGUUGUGUGCCAAUGAUAUGCGGUGGCUGAGGAAUCAAGUGGUGGCGCCGCUAACUGAGGAGCUGGUGUUCAGAGCAUGCAUGUUGCCCAUGUUGGUGCCCUGUGCUGGUCCUUCUACCGCUAUCAUAACCUGUCCCCUCUUUUUCGGAGUGGCUCACUUCCACCAUGUGAUUGAGUUGCUGAGGUUCAGACAGGGCACGCUGUUGGGUAUUUUCCUCUCUGCAGUGUUUCAGUUUUCCUACACGGCAGUGUUUGGAGCCUACACAGCCUUCAUCUUCAUCAGAACAGGUCACCUGAUUGGUCCGGUACUCUGCCACUCCUUCUGUAACUACAUGGGUUUCCCUGCCAUCAGCACAGCUCUGGAGCACCCUUACCGGCUCACUGUCCUCUCCUCCUACAUACUGGGGGUCCUCCUCUUCUUUCUCCUUCUGUUCCCCUUCACCGACCCCUCCUAUUACAGCCUCCCAGCCUGCACCCUCACCUCCUUUUCCAGUUCCUCCUGCCUCUCCUGAUCCUUGUCCCACCCUCACAUUUCUACUGUUGUCAAGAAGCAAUUGAGGGUGUUUUUGCUUUUUUUUUUACUUUUUUACUUGUUUUUGUUUCCUCAUUAGUGUUAAGAGUUAAGGUCUGGUCAGAUUUGGGCCAACAGUGACGACUCUGUUGCCACAGAGAGGGGAGGAACUCUGUAGACCCGUUCCUUGGUCUGUAGACACUUUGUUUGUCUGUAUUUAUGUGGCACCAGUCCUGUAACUCUGUCGAAAGCUGGUUCUCAUGGUGUGCAGAAGUUAGAGUUAGACAGCUAAUGUGUCCUACACUGCCACACAGAUACAGGAUAGUACAGUAGAACUGACAUUACACAGAUAACAAGUUCUCCUUAGAAUGCUGGUAAAUCUCUGUGAUAAGGUACCACAGUAUACCUCUGUGAUGGACUCAUUCGGUCUGACUCGUUCUCCUAAAGGAUGAGUCUGGUUUGCUGCACCUGUUUUCAUUAUUAUGAUGGCAUCACAUGACAGGUUGGAAGCAAACAUACUUCCUGCUCCUUUCACCCGACUCGUUGUUUGUGAGAAACAUGACUAAUUUAUAUUUUCAACAAGUAAUAGUCCGUUGUGUGUUGUGUAUAUGCAGAGUGAUGGGGAUUGCUACUAUGCUCACGUCACUUGCUAAUUAUUUUCACUUUCAUGCCAGUUUUCCACUGCAGGUUCCAGUUUGUAAGCUAGUCUCUGUUUAAAAUGAGUUUCUGUCAUUUCUUAGACUUUCCUACAUCGUGUGUGUUCAGACUGAAUAGGACUCAUCCUUCACUUUGCUGCCUUUAAUUUAGCUUCAACUAAAUAAAACCCCAACACUUUGGGCAUAAUUUAAGAGAGAAGGAAGUGAACACAGCUUUACUACAAACAAGAGCCAGUCAGUGUUGCUGAAACUGGUCACCAGUACAUGCCCAAAGGACAAAAGUAGGUUUGUCACAACCCGUAUUGUGAUUGUUGCUGUUUUAACCAUCGUUCGCCAUCAGUAGGCAGAAAUACAAGCACUCAGGAUUGUGGCUAUUGAUGGCUCCCUCUUAAAUAAACCAGAUUAUGUAAACCACUUAUUUUUUACAUCAUAUUAAAGCCAAACUAAUACAUUCAGCAAAAACUGAAUAAAACCCAAGUAAACAGGAAGCUUUGAGUACUCUACAACCUGAUUUAUGUUAAGGAAACCAUAACUUGAACUUCUAACAAAGACUAGUGUUUUUGUGCCGCAGAGCUGCUCCAAGCUUCGUUUACAGUUUUUAGCCCUCAGCUGUGAAAGACUGAUGGUGUUGUAUUCACUCCUCGGGGCAGGUGGUCGGCAUGGACGCCCAAGUUUGCCAAUGCGAUAAUGAGGCGAGGCGAUGUAGGAGCGUCACAUUUAUACCAAAGUUGCAGCUACUAAAACUUUUGGUGGAGUUUGAAUCUCAGUGACCUCAAGGUCAGGGGUCAAGUUCUCUAACACUCUUGUGAACAAAAACUAUAUAAUAACUAAGUCGCCUAGGUCGCCUAAAAAUCCUGAAAGAGUUUGAUUCCCAGUGACCUUGACCUCAGGGUCUAUAAGUCUAUAAGUAGCGCUGGCAGCAGCCGGUAUUUUUAAAGAGAGUAGCAUCUGUGACCAGUCAGUGACUAAUAAGAUGAUAAGCCCCAACUGGAAAACUCCUGAAUUGAACCCUGAAAAGUGUACAGAGGUACAUUUCAUUCAUUUAAAGCGCAAAGUGGUUUAGAUACUAAGGUUUAGCUAUUACCCGACCUGUACAUGAUUAAGAAUCAUCAUGAGAGAAUAGUUACAACAACAGAACCAAACUCAAGCUUUAGCUGUUUGCACCAGACUUCUGUGCAGCCUAAGAGUAUUGUUUCACAGCAGAGUGACGUAACAGUGUGCCCUGACCCUUGUUCUUAUUGACAGACUGGUACAGUGUCUCUGCUUGCUUCAUGUCCACUAGUAAGCCAGUAACAGGUUAAAGCUAAUGUGAGACUGACUGGAGAAAAAAACAACUAAACAAAAAACCCCAGAAAACUUGAAGACACGCAGCUGCACCCUUACUGUGAAGACAAAGUAGAUUGCUCUGACCUUCAGCAAUAAGUCAGCAAAAAGGUUUUAGAUUGAUCUUUAGUCAGUGAAAUAUGCCAUUUUUGUUCGUAUGUAAUUCCAAACAUUUUUCAUGUGGCGUGUUUGGUCUUGGUCCCUGAAGCUGUCAGUCGAGGGCAGCGAAGCACUUUGGGAAAUGCAGAAUGAACUGAUUGUAAGGAACAAAGACCUUUCAGUUCUGUUCAUCAUCCUGUCUGACAUCAGUUAUCUGGUACUGAAAAAUCAUUUCCCUCUAACUUAUUUUUAAUUAUACACAAUUUUGGCCCAGUGGUGACUGAGUGGAAGAGCCUUGUUCAGGACCUGCACAGAGACCUGCUCUGAUGCUAGGCCGUCUGUUUGUGAUCAGUUUUUCUCAUUCUCUGCUUCCUACUUUGACUCAUAAGUGCUUGAUUGUUCUGUUUAUAGUUCAGUCCAGGCAGGUAAAAAGCGACAUGCACACCUGAUAUGAUCACACGUACAGUGCAGUGAAGGUUUUUUGUGCCCUUCUUUUCUCUAGUAAGAACCGUUAUUCACUAAUGAAGAAAACUUGGAGCAGUGGUGAACCUUCCCAGAGUGGCCAGCCUACUGAUAUUAGUCCAAGAGUCCAUCAAGUCUCACCCGGGAGGAAACAAAAGAACCCAGAACAACAUCUAAAGAAUUGCAGGCCUGACUUUCCUUGGUUAAGGUCAGUGUACGUCAUUGAAGAGUGCAAAAAGAGGAAAAAAUGGCCUCGGUGGAAAAGUUCAGAGGUGGAAACGAGGGCUGACCGAAACAAACACAAACACUUCUGGGAAAAUAUUUUGUGCACCUGUGAGACAAAAAGUCAAGCCUUUUGGAAGACUACCCUCUCAGUGUAUCAGGUGUAAAACUAACACUUAAUUUCCUACAAAUAACAUCAUGCCAACAUGGGUGGUGGUGGUGGUGUAACAGUCAGGGCUGCUUUGUUGCUUCAGAGUCUGAGCAACAUGACCUGUAACUACGCUGAAUUAAAGCAAUUUUGCAUAGAAGAAUGAGCUAAAAUUCCUCCACAACAACGUGAACAACUCUGGUUGUGUAGUUAUUGCUCCCAGAACUACACAACCAGUCAUAAUAUUUAGGAGGCACCACUGGACACACCGUCUGCCAGUUUUCAUGUGGCUGUGUGGUGAAAUAUUUGACUACUUACCCCAGUUUAUUUAUAUUCGGCUGAAUAGAAACAGUGCUGCAUCAGUUCCACACUGAUGUUAUGAUCCACCCUGUUCCAAAACAGUGCCUGAACAUUUUAUUAAUGUUGAAUUUUUACUGAAAGGUCUAGAAGAUUAUAUUAUUAUUUUAUUCAAAAGUAACUUUUCCAGAAAUACAAAAUAGUGUGCAGAGUCCAGUAGCCUCAUGAAGGAAGACUUACUUAAUUCAAAUUAGAUCCAGUCUGGUAAUCAAGUCACACACUGUGCUGGGUGAUGAUUUUUUUACUAAUAUCAAUUUAAAAGAGUGAAUCCACAAACGAUGCAUGCCAGUCAAUUCAGUUUUAUUUACAGAUAAGGACAGGAAUGAUUGUCUCCAGUUUGUUAGUAUUUGUUUUGGUCUUGGAGCAGUAGUUCCACAGAGAGCUCUGUAUGUUUGGGCUGUCGUGUUGGAAGACAAAACGAUGACCCAGGUCCAGUUUUGCUGCUGACUGCUUGAGUUGUGCUUUAUCAUCUUCACAUAUCCUUCUUCAUGAUUCCUUCCUUCCUUGACAAGAUUCCCAGUUCCAGACACACUGAAGCAGCCCUGCAGCAUGAUGUGUUUGACUGCAGGGAUGGUGUCCCUUGGGGUGUGUCAACAUAAGCAGCGUCUUUGUGACCAGAGAGCUCCAAUUUCAUCUAAUCUGGUCAAAGAGCAUAUUUGCAGCAUGCACCAUUUUUCUCAGGGUUCUCCUUCGAUUACUUCAGUCUGGCUUUUUCUUGGUCUGCAGUCCUUUACUGAUUAGCCACUUCCAAGCUUGGCUAAGUCUGGAGUCUUGGCAGUUGUUCCGGGGUCUUGAGAACAUCUUUUACUAGUUUCCUUUCCAGAGUCUUUGGAAUGGUUCACCUCCUCGUCUACCACGUUUUAUUUGUGCGCUGUGUGGUUCUCUUUGAAUUUCUCGAUCAUACUUCUUAUGCCAGUUUUGAAACCCAGUGAUAACUUUGUAUAGCCAUCUCCUGCUUUGUGAGCAUCAACCAUUCUUUUCCUCAAGUCUUUCUUUUCAUUUUGGUGUGACGUUUGACGACUCGAGCCCUCGCUAAAGUUUUUUAAUGUGUAUAAGUCAGAAGAUGACUCUCAGUUUUAUAAAAAGUUAAAGCACGUCUUUGCAGAGCGGUGGUUUGUGCAGGGGCCCAAUAAAGUCAGUUUGUCAGGGGGAUUACUACAUUGAACUUUGAUUCUGUUUUUAUGUGUAAAUAGGAGUAAUAUGUGCUUUCUAAAGAAUUUAAAAAUGCUAUUUUGAAAAUCCAAUGCUCUGUCAAAAAAGACAAAUUGAAAAAAGAAAAUUCCAGAGGUAAUAAUUUUGUCCUCAUCUGCGUGUCUCUAUAAAAUGACAUUCUUUAUGUAAAUGUGUUCUCAACAACAGUCACAGACAUAUCUGAACAGUUGAAGCUGCACUCCACACCUCUGCAGAGGGAACAUUAAGGCUAACAAGCCAGAUGUUGACUGUUGAAAAGAAGGGUAACGUGUCAAUGCAGAACAUCCCAUCUGUGAAGGAAUGACUUGAUCGAAUCCCUGUGUUUAAUAUAUUUCUAAAAGUAGAUUCAAUUCAGUUCAGUUUUAUUUAUAUGGCUCCAAAUCACAACAACAGUUGCCUCGAGGUGCUUUAAAAGUUUGUCAUCAAGUUUGCUUGCUACCAUUUUCUUUUGAAGAUCCUGCUCCUGUAUGAUGGAGGCAUGCAGAGCCAUGCAGUUUCGCUUCUGCCACAAACAUACCAGAAAAUGAGCCACUGCUUCUACAGCUAGUUUAACUUGAUUGAACCCAGAGGAUGAAAGUAACAGCCCGAGAGUUAGAAACUUGAUUAUUUAUUAUUUUGGAUGUAUGGCUUUAAUGCAUUCAUUAGAAAAACAUCUAUAAAAUCAAGUGUUUCAUGUUUCUGUUGUUGACAGAAGAAUGUAAACAUGUCUGUCAUUUCUAAACAUGAUGCGAUACUUUGGUUAAAACCUUUGAAUUAUAGCUGAAAAUCUAUAACUUGACUGAUUAAAAUCCACUUGAUUCACUGUAGUAAACAGAGGACACAUUACAAAAACUCUUGUCUAAUUUUGGGCCUACCUCUAUGCAGAAAUAGGAUUAUUAAUAAUAUAUAAUAAACUGUGAAACUUUCUGAAUCUUAAGAAAAACAAAUUUGGUCUUACUGGUUUGCACUACUUGAGCCCAGAGAAUGUAAACAUGUUCCAGUAAUAGCGGCAUCAUUAACAGACUGGUUCUUAUAUAGUGCUUCUCCACUCGACUGGAGCGCUCAGUGCUUUAUACAACACGCCUCAUUCACACCAGCACUUUUUCUGCUUAGUUUCUCUCUAAAAUUCAAUUCAAUCAUUUAUUGGAGAGCAAACUGGUUUUCAGUAUCUUGUCUAAGGAUACUUUGGCAUACAGACUGAGAUGGCCAGGGAACGAACCACCAACCUUCCAGUUAGUGCUUGACCUGACCUGAGAUGCAGAGUCACAGUUACACAUGGGGGAUCUAUUUUACGGGUUAAAUCACUUGCAUCUUAGUGCAAACACAAAAACUGAUUAAGACCAGGUUAUGUUCAGAGUUAAGGUUUAAAAUCAGGAAAAGCACGCAGGUUUUUUUUUUUUAAAUUUACUAUUUGAUUUAAGUGCUGUAUAGAUCGACUGCUGUAAGAAUAUGUUUAUAUAUGCAAACUGUUAAUCCGUACUCUCCUAAUUCCGACUGAAUGAAUCCCAGAUUUCCUGACCCAUAAAAUGAGGCGAUACAUCCUGAAAUAGAAGCUGAAACAUGUUUUCUGCAACUGCUCAGUUAUGUGGCCACUCACACAUCAAAUCAACAAAUACAUAUGCAUGCUGGGGGCUGGUAGCAUCAGUUAUAGUUCUUUGUGAGCACGUGUAGUUUGAGUACAGGUCCUGUCCUGGUUUGAUUCACUUUCUUCUGACGUUACCUCACAGAGAUUGGAUAUACCCUUCAUACCAGGUGAAAGCAGCAGUUUCCAUCUAAUUAUUGUUCUCUCUGAGAGCAAAUGGUCGUAGGAUUUUCUCCUCGUCUUGGUUUGACUGCAAGUGUUUCACUUUCCUCCCGCUGACAUUACCUUGAAGACGUGGGAUAGAUGAUCAGACUGAAGCACUGGUUUGAGGCUUUUGUUUGUUUGUUUGUUUUCUUGUUUUGGUUUGUUUGUUUUUUACUGUUGUUGGAGAAAAGUACUUCCUCAGCCAAUAGUGAGUAUUUGCUACUGAAGAUGCACAACCUGUACAUGUGAAAUAAUAGGCAGAAGGCAGAGUCUAUUUUUGCUUAAACAGCUCCUUAUUUUCAUACAGAAACACAAAGGAAGAUUGUUUCACACGUGCAUAUGUGAAAUCUGAGACGUCUGCUGAAUCCAAACUCCAGAUAUUUGUAUCGAGCACUAUAUUUUGUAAUCAGAUGUAUUUUGGUGACAGGAACAGAGUGUGCAGAUAUGUGCAUGUAUUUUAUGCUCACUGUGUCCCACUUGUUUUACAGUUAGAGGCUACAGAACCAUGUUUUAGUACGACAGUCUUUUACAGGAAUUUUGGAUUUAUUGCAAAAUAUAAAUUUGUAAAUAAAGAAUGUCAUUUUAUACAA